CAACAUUAAAUGAAACUCUUGAUCUUAAAUGUUUGCUAACUGGUUAUUAUACAGCUCAUUUACCAUUAUCAGAUGCUUGUGAUCAUUAUUUAAUUCUAAUUAGAUAUUCAACUAAAUAUUAUAAAAAAAGAAUUAUUAAACAAGCUAAAGCAUUUAGAGAAGGAUUAGAAAAAAUUAAAGAUGGAAAUGAUAUUUUAGAUAAUGAAAAUUCAAAUGAAGAUAAUGAUAAUAAUUUAGAUGAAGAAAAAAAUAAUAAUGAAACAGAAGAAAAUACAGAUAAUAAACUUCAAAUAGCUAUUAAUACU